AUGCCACUAUACAGUUCUCGCCCAGAAAACUGGCGAAACUUUCCAUCAGCCCAUGCUCGCCGAGCCAGCUGGCACCCUCGCCCCUUACGCCUCCCACUCAGGUCUCCUCCUCCAAUUCCACCUCGAAACUACGCGCCACUGCCGAGAGAGCUCCUAUCCGAGAAUCCUGAUCUUUGGAACCCUUCCUAUAAAAUUGAUGGAAAGGAAAAUGAAGCAUUGCCACAUCUGCGGCUCGAACUUGAGCAAUCCAGUUUACGACAAAGGCGCUUGGCGACCAAAAAGAUCGAUGGGAGCUUUCCGUCUCCUGAGACUCAUCGUCGCGACCCACCUGUGCGGCGCUAUGUUUACCGCCAGCCCACAUUAAUCUUAAAGCGUCAAUUUCAACCCACCCCGCGCACCGGAUUGUCGAUCACAAGCCUCAUGGAAUCACACCCUAAACGCAGUGGAUUGCCACCUAGCCAGCAAUUUCCAAAGGCGCCCAUUGUGCGCCGUUCUUGA